CAUAUCAGGGACUGUCCACAUUUUCCGGAGACAUACCGGAAGCAAAGACUUUUAACAUCAAAAUACUUGUUGUCCACGCUUCCUUGAAAAAUGGCGGAUAUGGAUGAAUUGUUCGGGAGCGAUGGCGAUAGUGAUAAUGAACAACGAGAAUCUGGCUCGGGGUCAGGAUCAGAUUCCGAGCACGAACGCCCUAGAUCUGUCAGCAAUGGCUCGGGAAGUGAUAGUGAACGUGAACGUGAUGAUGACGAUGAUGAAGAAGGCCAAGACGGUGGGAAGCCCAGUAACAAAGAGCUGUUUGGGGACGACAGCGAGGAUGACCAUGGGAGCCAACACAGUGGCAGUGAUAAUCAAUCCGAAAGGUCUGGAAAUCAGUCAGAUGCAAGCAUGCACUCUGAGCAAGAAGACAACGAACAGUCGGACGCAGAGCAACACAGUGGUUCGGAGGGUCAUCAUGAUGAGGAUGUCCGGGGGCGUGGGUCAGAUGUAGGCAGCCCGGCAUCAGGGGUAGGGAGUCGCCACUCUGAUAGGAGUCGCCACUCUGAUAGGAGUCGCCACUCUGAUAGGAGUCGCCACUCUGAUAGGAGUCGCCACUCUGAUAGGAGUCGCCACUCUGAUAGGAGUCGCCACUCCGAUAGAGGCAGUGCAAGCCCCAGGUCGGAGGCUGGAAGCCCACAUUCUGAUGCAGGCAGCGCCCACUCGGACCCAGGAACCCCUCAGUCUGGACUGGGCACCCCACACUCUGACCCAGAGGGCCACUCUGAUGAUGAGAAAUGGGGCAGAGGGAUUAAGAGCGACCAGUCAGAUGAUGAGGAGAAGGCCCAGCACUCCGAUGAAGACAGAGACCACUCAGAUGAUGAGGGCACAGGGAGUAGACACAAGACAGAGUCUGCAAAGGGCAGCGAUAGUGAGGAUGAUUUUAUUAGACAGAAAAAAAAGAAAAUUGCUUCAGACUCUGAUUCGGAUAGUGAGGUUGGAGGCUCCAAAGGUCCAAAACCAGCUGCAGAUGACCUGUUUGGUGAGGCCGAUGACAUUUCUUCAGACAGUGAUGCUGAGAAGCCCCCCACGCCUGGACAACCGCUGGAUAACGAGGAGGGGAUGGAGGGCGAGCACCCGGAGGAGGAGCCUGUGCCCGAGACGAGAAUAGAGGUGGAGAUCCCCAAAGUCAGCACUGACCUCGGCAGUGACCUGUACUUCGUCAAGCUGCCCAACUUCCUCAGUGUGGAGCCUAGGCCAUUUGAUCCCCAGUACUAUGAAGAUGAGUUUGAAGAUGAGGAGAUGCUGGAUGAGGAGGGUAGAACAAGGCUCAAACUAAAGGUGGAAAACACAAUCAGGUGGAGAUCCCGCAAAGAUGAGGAGGGCAAUGAGACGCGAGAGAGCAACGCUCGCAUUGUGAAAUGGUCCGAUGGCAGUAUGUCGCUCCAUCUGGGAAAUGAGGUGUUUGACGUCUACAAGGCCCCGCUUCAGGGAGACCACAACCAUCUUUUCAUCAGGCAGGGCACAGGUCUGCAAGGUCAAGCUGUGUUCAAGACUAAACUGACCUUCAGGCCUCAUUCCACAGACAGUGCUACUCACAGGAAGAUGACGCUGUCUCUGGCUGACCGCUGUUCUAAGACUCAGAAGAUCCGCAUCCUGCCCAUGGCUGGCCGUGAUCCAGAGUCCCAGAGGAACGAGAUGAUCAAGAAAGAAGAGGAGCGCCUGCGGGCCUCUAUCCGCCGGGAGUCCCAGCAGCGGCGCAUGCGGGAGAAGCAGCACCAGCGCGGCCUGAGCGCCGGCUACCUGGAGCCUGACCGCUACGAUGAGGACGAGGAGGGAGAGGAGUCCAUCAGUCUUUCUGCCAUCAAGAGCAAGUAUAAGAGCGGAGGACUGAGAGAGGAGCGAGCCAGAAUCUACUCCUCCGACAGCGACGAGGGCUCAGACGAGGACAAGGCACAAAGGCUGAUGAAGGCCAAGAAACUGGACAGCGAUGACGAGGGAGAGAACUCAGCCGGCAAAAGGAAGGCAGAAGACGAUGGCGAGUCCUCCCCCAAGAAGGCAAAGAAAUACGUGAUCAGUGAUGAAGAGGAAGAGGAUGACGAUGAGUGAUUUUU